AUGAAGACGAAAUCUGAAUGCAUUCUCAGGCGUAUCAACCUGCUUAAAGUACGACGCCUUCUGCAUCGCCGGCUCCCCCUCCAGAUUCUUCACCACCCUGCUCACGACAGGGAACUCGGCCAGAUCGACCCCGAACCGCUGGGCAUUCCACGCCGCCGGCAGCAGGCACAGGUCCGCGAUCGAGACCUCGUCGCCGCCCUCGGCCAUGAGGGACUUGUUCCAGUCCUCGGCGCUGCCGCCCAGCUCGCGGACGCGGCGCAUGAUGCGCAGGUUGGUCACGGGCUGCGUGUCGGCCGCGAUGAUGUUGGCGAGGGCGCGGACGAUGGCGCGGGCUCUGACAUCGCUGGGAAGGAGGCGGGUGGUGUCUGGGGCAGCGAGGGACUGGCCGAUGCGGAAGGGGACGCCUGUGCCUUGGUCUGCGCCGCUGGGCUUGGGGACGAGGAGGGGGACUGA